AUGUUCCAUCAGACCGUACAGUCAUCCUCAGUGGUGGACAAGAAGCAUACGAUGGACCCAUUGAUAGCAACAAACGGCAAACUCGUGGAUGAGUUGCGGUUUGAAAGACAUAUGAAUACACUUUUGGAUUCGUUUCGAAACUAUGCAAUGCUUUUGAUUAAUGACUGCAAAUGUGAUGCCAAUGAAGAAGUGGUCCGCAAAUUGAAUCAAUUGAAUGAUGAAUAUAUCGGCCGUAAGAGUGGCCGCACUGUCGAGCAAAAGGCCGUCCAAUUGUUGUGUGCCCUCUCUUCCUGUCUGUGUCUUAGAAACGAUGACCAAAAGUGGUAA